CUUGACUCAUUCGCUCUCGUUCUCCCAGAUCUCCCUUAUCUCCCUACUUCCGCUCUCCGCUUUCUUCCCACUCCGGUCGCGAAGCCGGAGCAUGUCGCACGUAUUUUGGUCGGAGCAAAUUUACGACCCGCAGUUGGUCUGAUUUGGGGAGUGAGAGCGCGGCUCUGGUGCGAAUUGAUAGGCUCGACUUAGAUCGCUGCCAAUUGCUCCAGUCUGAUCGCUCCUUGUCAGUCAGCAUCCAAAAAGAUGUUCUGAUCCUCAUGCUAACAGGGCAUUACAUUAGACUAACAGAAGCAAUUCUGCAAGGGCAACCUCACUUCAGCUUCCUGGAGCUUCAAGUUCAUCCCCGCAAGAUGCAGCAGACAGAAUCAACUCAAUUCAAAGAUAUAUAUUUCUUCACCGGGUUAGAGAUUACUCCAGUUACUUUUGAAGGGCUCAUAUCAUUAAUUCUGUAUGCUUCGCCUGGUGUCUCAGCAGUUGCUCAGGAGUUCAUAGAAUUCUUUGAUGUGCUGGGAGAUGCUCUUUAGCUGAAUGUGGAUAUUGCUCUUUCUGGUGUUAGACUAAGGAAUGAGCUCCCUUCAUGUAGAUACUCUUUAGUCGAAUGUGGCAAAUACCCUCUCUAAGGUUAAACAUAGGAAUGAGGACUUCCCUCCGAUGUAUUAGUGUUAUGUAAUUCUUUUUCAUACUGGUAAUUGUUGUUCCCAAUUUUUUACCUCAAGGCAGGCAUUACCACUAGGCCUAACAUGCAAUCCUUCUCUUUUAUAAUGAGUAAUACAACAAAAAUUGCUUAUGCUUCGGAUUGAUAGUGAGGUCAUCAACCAGAUUUUACUUUGGACUCCCUCUCAGUAUGCAAUCUGCGGACUGAUGUUCUUGUGAUUUGGCAUAUGUAUAUCACUUGUUAAGUGUUAUAUUGGGUCUCUCGUUCCAACAGUUAGUUCAAGGGGUUAUAACUUGCGUCAUAAUUAUGAUGGAUAUGUAACCCCUUUUUUAAAGUUCAAUGUAGCAUAGGUCGAUAGAUCAGAAAGAUCCUAUGUUCUAAGCUCUUUUACACUAUGUAGGACACCGUGCGCUUGAACAAUUAAUUAUGUACAUUAAAACUGUUUAUUUAUUUGCUAGGAAACAGAUGAAAUGAAUCAUAAUUGGACCACUUUACAUAAUGAUUCUGAUGUGAUCGGCUUGCACUGGUUAUGUAUGUUUUCACUGUAAACAUAAGUAAGGAUAACUUUUUUAAUUAUUGAUACGAGGGUGCUACUGCUACCUAUAUUUGUACUUCUAACUUCUCUCAUCUCAUAUCAAAGAUAUGUUAUCACUUACCAGUGUCAUACUUGGUUGGGAUUUGGAUUGGUAAUGAAAUUGUCGCAGACAACCCAUUGCUGAACAUCAUGCUUACCAGUGCGAUAUUUGUUGCAGUAUCUCCAGCCUUUAAUAAGCUUCCAAUGGUCUGGUGUGGGUCAUGAUCUGUUUCAUGUUUUGUUGCUUGUACUGUAGUUUGUCUAUCGAUUCUUCAAGCUGGCAAAUGCAUUGACAGUAACUUUUUUGCACCCCUGAUAAUGAUUGCACCAGUCCUUUCUGGUGUUCUUUGCACUCAUGUUAGGUGAACAAGACACCAGGGGUCAGUCAGGCAUGUACAGGUAACUAGGUGAGUGUGCGAGUAUGACCUCCAAGGGCAGGCUCCCAUGUAAAUUGAUGAAAAAAAGUAGCUGUGAUAAUAGGUCCACCGGUGAGCUUUAUGCGACUAGCCUUAAAUGAUCUUAUGUUAACCAGGCGCAAUACGUUAGCUUGAAAGCCAAACCAUUGGGUCCAAUUAGGCUAUUAUUAUUAAGAUUUACGGACCCAAAUAUCAAUGUUAAUAUCUUGAUUAGCAUACAUUGGCCUAAUGGCUAGUACGUUCGGUUGACCAGUUUAUCAUCUAUGUUGUGCUUGUGACUAUGGGCAAUGCGAUUAAUGAUUAGUCCUAUAUCGCUCUAAGAAAAGGCUGUACCAGUGUACCCCAACAUUGAAUCUUCAUGUCAUUUAAAUUCUGUAAGCCCAAUAACAAAGUGCUAUUUGUUAUAUUGAAACCCAAUUUAUAGUGU